AUGUCUCCUCUUGGGUUUUUCAUGGUGGCUUUUCUCUCUGUAUUCUCAUCAGCUCAAGGGUAUGAUGAGGGAUGGAGUGAUGCUCAUGCCACUUUUUAUGGAGGUGGUGAUGCUUCUGGUACAAUGGGAGGGGCCUGCGGUUAUGGCAACCUAUACAACCAAGGUUAUGGGACUAACUCUGCAGCUUUAAGCACAGCUCUAUUCAACAAUGGUUUGAGCUGUGGGGCUUGUUUUGAGAUCAGGUGUGUGGAUGACACAAAGUGGUGCCUCCAUGGCUCUAUUGUGGUCACUGCCACCAAUUUCUGCCCUCCAAACAAUGCUGGUGGUUGGUGUAACCCUCCACAACAACACUUUGACCUAUCUCAGCCUGUGUUCCAGCAAAUUGCUAGGUGCAGUGCUGGGAUUGUUCCUGUGUCUUACAGAAGGGUACCCUGCCAGAAGAGAGGAGGCAUUAGAUUCACCAUCAAUGGACACUCUUACUUCAACUUAGUCCUAAUCACCAACGUCGGAGGUGCCGGUGAUGUCCAUGCUGUUUCCAUUAAAGGGUCAAGCUCAAGCAUUGAUUGGCAACCAAUGUCUCGAAACUGGGGCCAAAAUUGGCAAAGCAACUCUUACCUCAAUGGCCAAAGCCUCUCUUUCAAGGUCAUCACUAGUGAUGGCCACACUCUGGUCUGUAACAAUGUUGCCCCUCCUAGCUGGUCCUUUGGCCAAACUUUUACUGGUGUUCAAUUCACUUAG